AGUAUUUGGAAUUGCAGAGGGAGCUGGUUGUUAAUAUAACUUAAAAUACAAACGCGCUGCCUGUACACUUGGCUCCGGGCCCUGCGUUCUACGAGCAGAGAUGGAGACAAUCCAUUUCCCGAUUGCACUUUCCGUGACAUCUCUGUGAUUCCAAUAGAGGCUAAACCUGGGGUGCAGAGUUUCCAGGGUUGCAAAUUUCGUCCCUCCCUUGAGUCCUGGCUGGGGCCAAAGUGUGGGCUGGUGGCAUGCAACGGCCCUCGCUGCGUCGUUCCAAUGCCAGUACCCCUAGGAGCCACACCACUAAGCGCAGGACUGGGCCCUCGGAUUCCAGAGGGCGCCCAGGGACAAAAGAGCAGCCCCGCCCAUCUGUACAAGGAGGCACGCGGCAGGCGGAACACGACUUGAAGGUUUCCAGUCCCAACUCCGAAUCCUCGCAGUUCAGUACCUCCGAGUCCUGGAGCCAUAAAGUGAUCGCGAACUACUCCGAGUUUUUCGCAGCCUCAGUGGGCAAUGUGGACUGGCUUCGGUUCUGUGUGAAUCCGGAGCGCAAGGAGAUCAUAGUCGACGACAAGGGCUUCACAGCCAUCCACUUCGCAGCCCAGAAAUGCCAGCUUUCCUGCCUUAAGGUCUUGAUAGAGGACUACAAAUAUCCUGUGGAUCUGCCCACCAACAAAGGCCAGACGCCCCUGCACUUGGUCAUCCAUAAAAACAACAAAUCGGACAUCCUCCCCUGCAUUGACUACCUGCUCAAGAAAGGGGCAGCCAUCAACUCGCAGACCUACAGCGGCUCCACACCCCUGCACCUGGCUUCCUACAAUGGCCUGCUGGGAUGUGUUAAGCUGCUGGUGCAGAGUGGAGCCAAUGUGCAUGCCCGAGAUGCCACAGGCUUCAAGCCCAUCGACUACUGCAGACUCUGGAACCACCGUACCUGUGCCCGGUUCUUGAAGGAUGCCAUGUGGAAACAUGAUAAGAAGGUCUUUGCCCGGGAGAUGGAGAAACUGAAGACCUUGAAGGAGAAGCUGACCAUUUUGGAGUACCGCUACCUGAUUGAAUAUCAAAAAGAACAACAAAUUCUGAGAGAGGCUCAUUUCAGAAAGUGGCUCCAAAGCAAGGUGCUGGCCCGGACCCUGGGCUCUGCCGACUCCAAGCAAAAGGCUGGUGUCCGACCUUUGUCAUUGGCCUCCAACACUUUAGGAUGCCGGAUACCUAAAAGCACCCUCCAUUAUCCAUCUGUGGAAGCUCAGCUGAAAAGCUUGCCCUCACCCGUGGUGCCACCCAAGCCCAUCUACAAGCAGACCACCAUCAGUCGGCCCAAGUUAUGGAACUAUAGUGCUAACCCUGCCAGGUCCCCGAUCACAAACAUUGGCCACCCGCAGGGCAUACGCCUGGGUGUGCACCCAGAACCCUAUAAGGAACAUGACUUCUGCAGAUUCCUGGAGGUGACUCGAAAUAAACACGGGGGUGCAUGCCUGCGCACAGUGGAUGGUGAGUUGGUGACACCUGUACCCCAGCUGCCUUUUGAGAUGAUGGUCCGGGUGCUGUACCCAGGGACUCAACCCUACAGGAUGAAAGUGCCCCAGGGCUUGUAUCCACGGGACAUACUCAAAGUGCCUGAGAAACGGCAUUUGGGAGAUUCUUGUACCAAUACAAUGGCCAUGAGCCUACGUGAGACAUUUGAUAAGCCCUUCCUCAAUUCCCUGGAAGCUUGCCAGACUCGAGUAGCCCCACCCUCCAAGUGAGUUCUCACAUAAAGUUGUUCU